GUAACCGGAAGUGUUUUAAAUCGGUUUGGUUAAACGUUCAGUUGCGCUGCUUUUUCUGGUGUGGUGUGGAGGACUGUGUGUUCGUGUGUGUGUGUGGAGUUCAGUGUCUGUUGACUGCAGAUUUGGGGAGAAACGGGAGGAAUCAGGCAGCAGAGAGAUGUGGUGGGUGCUGUGGGUGCUCGCCGCCUUGCUGGCUCUCUUCUGCAGUCUGGAUGUGUGGUACUUCCUCAGGGUUGCGGCGGUGGUCCUCCGGGCCUGGCUCCAGCCUCCAAUCUGGGACGUCACAGCAGAGCAGGUCCUGACGGGCCGGGUCACUCCCAAUGACAUCGACAUGUGCCACAUGAACAAUGCUCGUUACCUCCGCGAGUGCGAUUUCGCCCGCUUCUCUCUCUACACUCGUAACGGCGUGUUCAAGGCCACGCGAGCCCUCAAAGCGGCGAUGGUGGUGGGGGCCACCACCAUCCGAUACCGAAGAGCUCUGUGUAUCGGUGAGGGGUACGAGCUUCGGAGUCGAAUCGUCACUUGGGAUGACAAAGCCUUUUUCCUGGAGCAGAGAUUUGUGUCGACAAAAGAUGGCCUGGUGUGUGCUGUCAUGUACUGCAAGCAGAGUGUUGUCCGCAUCAGCCCGGACAAGAUCAUGCAGCAUCUUUGUAAAAGAAAGGUGGAGUGCCCCGAGUUUCCAGAGGACCUUCAACACUGGGUCAACUUCAUCUCUGCCAGCAGCCAGGCGCUCAGGGCAGAGAGUGGACUAGAGGAGAAGAACAAAUAAGGCCUUGCACAGGCAGCUAUUAAGAUUGUCUUUUUGAGAGGCAGCUUAUGUAUAUAUAGCCCGGGAUUCAAAGUCUUCUGAGAGAGAACUGUCUUCUGUUGGCUAUUGACAUCCAAUCCACUAGACUGGAACACACUUGUGCCUACUCCACUCUUAUGCUAGACCCCUAACACUGAAAAAAAACAAGCAACAUACCUCAUUGUUUUCAGAGGCUUUAAAACUUAUACACUAAUAGGGAAGUGACAUGAUCAUUUAAAGUGCAUGUUCAUGGACCAGAUAAUCACUAAAUCAAUGCCUGCUGAUGCACUUUCAUGCUGUCAAUAUGCAUUAUGGUGCAUGUGUGUGCAGAAAGCCUCACCAGGAGUUUUAGUUUGAAUAAUUUGUUUCUGUUAUAAAAUGUGAAACUGUGAAGAUGGUAUGAUAUGAAACCGCAAAAUCAAUGAUUGUUGAUAGAAAUCAGGAAAAGGUUCAACACAGCAAAUGAGAAUUUGUCCAAAAGUAUUGUAAAAAAUGGAGAUUUACAGUAAAAAUAAAAUUGCUCUAAGUGUCACUCUA